AUGGAGGCACCAUGGAUUGAACCCCAAUGGGGAGGAUUCGUUAUAGGGGACCGCCAUCAGCCCACGGCAAUAUUUGAAGUGAUAAGAGAGGGCGUUCAAAUGGAGCCUUUAAUUUUAAAUUUCGAUGCCCAUCAAAAAUCAUAUUUUUUGGCCGGUAGAUCUCCUUUAUGCGAUUUGCGGUUGGAACAUCCGAGCGCAUCGAGGUUUCAUGCUGUCUUCCAAAUGCGAAGUAGCGAUGGUAGCAUAAUGGUGGUCGACCUAAAUAGUGUCAAUGGAACGUUCCUAAACAAGCAGCCGCUGAAAAAGGACGAGCCCAUUAAAUUACACAUCGGCGAUAUGAUCCAGUUUGGAAAAUCUUCGCGAUUAUAUAUUUGUUCAAAAUUCACCUCGCAUGAAGAAGAGGCCGAAUGUUCAAGUGCAUGUUCAGAUCUCGAUUCGGGCGAAUCAUCCGAAAAUAACUACUAUCAACCAGAGGACGAUAUAAAUGAUGAUGAUGCCGAUGAUGAUACAGAAUUUGACCGGACAUUGAAAACACCAAGGAAAGAUGCCACUGUUCAUACCAAAGAGUCCUUACAGAAAUUAAUUGUUGAAUUAGAAUCCUCUAUCAAAGAAAACGAAUUGACGCUCGCUUCGUUGUUGGAGAAAAAAAACCAAUCUCUACACCAUGAUGCGGAUCCGCUAGAAAGUGCAGAGUCAGACAUAGCCUCGAUGGAGGGGAAAAUUACCCAAGAGCAAGGGCAACUAAGUAUGGCCAGGGAGUUGUUCUCUAUUGUUGAAAAAUAA